UAGGUGUUGAGUAAAAAGGAAAAUAAUAAAAAAUUAUAACGAUAUAUUGUACUUCUUAUCAAAAUUAUGGUGACGGCUUCAUAAAUCGUUUAUAGAAACUCGUUUCGAAUUCAUUUCAAGUUGUAGUUUUUCACCUUAUGGGCGUAAAAUGUUAAAUUUGUUACUGGUUCGUUUUUUGGGGUUACUCCUAACAAUAUGGAUAGUAUCGGGAGAAAUAUUUACGAUAAGAAACAGCAUCGAUUCCCAACUAAGACACGGUACAACAUCUCCAGUAUGUUCUCAAGAAUGCUAUGCUGAUGAAAAUAAUAACUUAUUCCUUAACUUCUUGCCCAAUACUAUGAAUACUGUUGUAGUAGUCAUCAAGGAAUCCAAAAAUUUCAAGAAACACUUCUUCCGAAAAAUAGAUGAGAGCAUUAACAUCGUUCCAUUUAGCCCUCUUCUAACUACAGUUUGUAACGUUGAAGAUAUGAUUGCAACACCAGAAGAAUGUUCAUUUGCUUCUAAGCCUACAAAAGCUACUGAAUGUUUCAACGAAACUACAACCGAGAAAACAGAAAGAGUAACUCCAUUCGCUACAACUAGUUACUCUACGGAAUCUACCGAGCCAAUUCCAACAAAAGAACAUACUCCAUAUGCUGAAGUUAGUUCUACAACAGGUCCAAUAGAAAACACUGCUAGUUCAAUAUCCACUAUCAUAUCUCCACAUUUUGAAACUACACCUAGUAUAAUAUCAACAAUAUAUACAAAAUAUAAUGAAACAACAAUGUCUCAAAUAUCAGAAGGAACCACAGUACAAAUUGAAACCGUUUCUACAACCAAAAUACCUAUGUACCCUGGAAGUUCUGGAAUUCCAAUAUGGGAUACCACCACGGAUCAGUUAGGAACUGGAAGUACUACUAUGCAAAUUGAAACUAGUUUCAAACCAGGAACAACAAAAACUACUGAAUUUCCAGAGCUACCAUUGCUAGAAACUAUCACAACACAAAAUGAAACUGAUUCAUCAUCAAAAACAACAAGUUAUACUGAAGCUCCUGAGACUCCAGUAUCAGACACCACCACAGAACAGAUAGGAACUGGAAGCACCUCUAAGCAAAUUGAAACAAGUUCCACAUUUGAAACGACAGAGCAUACUGAAGUGCCAGAGGUACCAUUGCUAGAAACUAGCACAAAACUGAUGGAAACUAUCUCCACUUCAAUAUCAACAAGUUAUACUGAAGGAACCAAGACUCCAGUAUCAGACACCACCACAGAACAGAUAGGAACUGGAAGCACCUCUAAGCAAAUUGAAACAAGUUCCACAUUCGAAACAACUGAACCUACUGAAGUGCCAGAGGUACCAUUGCUAGAAACUAGCACAAAACUGAUGGAAACUAUCUCCACUUCAAUAUCAACAAGUUAUACUGAAGGACCCAAGACUCCAGUAUCAGACACCACCACAGAACAGAUGGGAACUGGAAGCACCUCUAAGCAAAUUGAAACAAGUUCCACAUUCGAAACAACUGAACCUACUGAAGUGCCAGAGGUACCCUUACUGGAAAUUAGCACAAAACUGAUGGAAACCAGCUCCACUUCAACAUCAACAAGUUAUACUGAAGGUCCUGAGACUCCAGUAUCAGACACCACCACAGAGCAGAUGGGAACUGGUAGCACCUCUAAGCAAAUUGAAACAAGUUCCACAUUUGAAACGACAGAGCAUACUGAAGUGCCAGAGGUACCAUUGCUAGAAACUAGCACAAAACUGAUGGAAACUAUCUCCACUUCAAUAUCAACAAGUUAUACUGAAGGACCCAAGACUCCAGUAUCAGACACCACCACAGAGCAGAUGGGAACUGGAAGCACCUCUAAGCAAAUUGAAACAAGUUCCACAUUUGAAACGACAGAGCAUACUGAAGUGCCAGAGAUACCAUUGCUAGAAACUAGCACAAAACUGAUGGAAACCAGCUCCACUUCAAUAUCAACAAGUUAUACUGAAGGUCCUGAGACUCCAGUAUCAGACACCACCACAGAACAGAUAGGAACUGGAAGCACCUCUAAGCAAAUUGAAACAAGUUCCACAUUUGAAACGACAGAGCAUACUGAAGUACCAGAGGUACCAUUGCUAGAAACUAGCACAAAACUGAUGGAAACCAGCUCCACUUCAAUAUCAACAGGUUAUACUGAAGGUCCUGAGACUCCAGUAUCAGACACCACCACAGAGCAGAUGGGAACUGGUAGCACCUCUAAGCAAAUUGAAACAAGUUCCACAUUUGAAACGACAGAGCAUACUGAAGUACCAGAGGUACCAUUGCUAGAAACUAGCACAAAACUGAUGGAAACCAGCUCCACUUCAAUAUCAACAGGUUAUACUGAAGGUCCUGAGACUCCAGUAUCAGACACCAUCACAGAGCAGAUGGGAACUGGAAGCACCUCUAAGCAAAUUGAAACAAGUUCCACAUUGGAAACAACAGAGCAUACUGAAGUGCCAGAGGUACCAUUGCUAGAAACUAGCACAAAACUGAUGGAAACCAGCUCCACUUCAAUAUCAACAAGUUAUACUGAAGGUCCUGAGACUCCAGUAUCAGACACCACCACAGAGCAGAUGGGAACUGGUAGCACCUCUAAGCAAAUUGAAACAAGUUCCACAUUUGAAACGACAGAGCAUACUGAAGUUCCUGAGGUACCAUUACUGGAAAUUAGCACAAAACUGAUGGAAACCAGCUCCACUUCAACAUCAACAAGUUAUACUGAGGGUCCUGAGACUCCAGUAUCAGACACCACCACAGAACAGAUAGGAACUGGAAGCACCUCUAAGCAAAUUGAAACAAGUUCCACAUUCGAAACAACUGAACCUACUGAAGUGCCAGAGGUACCAUUGCUAGAAACUAGCACAAAACUGAUGGAAACUAUCUCCACUUCAAUAUCAACAAGUUAUACUGAAGGACCCAAGACUCCAGUAUCAGACACCACCACAGAACAGAUGGGAACUGGAAGCACCUCUAAGCAAAUUGAAACAAGUUCCACAUUCGAAACAACUGAACCUACUGAAGUGCCAGAGGUACCAUUACUGGAAAUUAGCACAAAACUGAUGGAAACCAGCUCCACUUCAACAUCAACAAGUUAUACUGAAGGUCCUGAGACUCCAGUAUCAGACACCACCACAGAGCAGAUGGGAACUGGUAGCACCUCUAAGCAAAUUGAAACAAGUUCCACAUUUGAAACGACAGAGCAUACUGAAGUACCAGAGGUACCAUUGCUAGAAACUAGCACAAAACUGAUGGAAACCAGCUCCACUUCAAUAUCAACAGGUUAUACUGAAGGUCCUGAGACUCCAGUAUCAGACACCACCACAGAGCAGAUGGGAACUGGAAGCACCUCUAAGCAAAUUGAAACAAGUUCCACAUUUGAAACGACAGAGCAUACUGAAGUGCCAGAGGUACCAUUGCUAGAAACUAGCACAAAACUGAUGGAAACCAGCUCCACUUCAAUAUCAACAAGUUAUACUGAAGGUCCUGAGACUCCAGUAUCAGACACCACCACAGAACAGAUGGGAACUGGUAGCACCUCUAAGCAAAUUGAAACAAGUUCCACAUUCGAAACAACUGAACCUACUGAAGUGCCAGAGGUACCAUUGCUAGAAACUAGCACAAAACUGAUGGAAACUAUCUCCACUUCAAUAUCAACAAGUUAUACUGAAGGACCCGAGACUCCAGUAUCAGACACCACCACAGAGCAGAUUGGAACCAUCUCAACUCAUAGUGUAACAGAAGUUAGUGAAACAUCAAAAGGUACUACGAUGCACAUUGGAACAUUUUCCAUACCCAAGGAAACAGUGUUUACUGUAGUUUCUGAAGUUCCAUUAUCGGAAACCACCACGCAACAGACUGAAGGUUCUAUGUAUAGUGAAAGAUCUGAAUCUCCAAUAUCAGAAAGUACAAUUCAAGCAGCCUCUACUAAGCUGACUACAGAAACUCCUCCAGAGAGUACGACUAAAAUUUCAGUUGUAGUCAUCGAAUGCAUUUCAAUAGAACUAGAAGCAAGUUUAAGAAGCUUAAUGAUCAUUGAUACUGAAAACCCAGAAACGAAAUUGUCAUUAGACGAGUGUUUGAAAAAUAAAAAAAAUAAAGAGAAGAGCAUAGUGCUUCCGGUGUCUAUGUAACCAAACUAAAAAAUUUCACAUGAAAAAUAUUGGUGUUUCGGAUUGAAAUAUUAUUUUUUUGUUUUAAUAGUUUUUAGAUACUCUAUUCUAUUUGUUAUUAUAUAGCGUAUCAUACUGUAUAAAUUAUGCUACUUAAUUAUUUGCGUUUGUUAAAAAUCGAAAAUUCUCAUGAUUUUUGCAAAAUAAAAUUUUGAAUUCUGAA